AUGCAACCGAAACUCAGCAUCAUUGUCUACAGAGGCGAUCCAGUUGGCCUUCGAACGACGAGACACACGGCCCCUUUCAUCACCGCGGGUAAGGGGGCAACGGGUAUUGUCCUCCACGUCACCGGCGCAGCAGGCUUCUUCGGCUUCGAGCAACGGCAAGAGGACGAUCCUAGAGGAAGCAGACACUUCACCAAGCAAAUUCCGGUCGAACCGCUCCGAGAUGUGACCAAGCAGCAGCUGAUGUCCACGACCGCUGGUACUCCAAUCGACAACAGGACUCAGUCGUGGAAUUGCCAACAUUGGGUCGCGGAAGGACUGACGAGAAUCGCGAACCAGAGGUGGAUCGGUAUGCGGACCAAGUCAGGCGCGAUUGGCGAAAUGGUCGACGUCAUCAUGGAGGCAGAAGACGAGGUCGACUAG